UGGUAUUCCCUACCGACCAGUUGGUAAAUACUAAAAUGUCCAAAAACCCUUUAUGAUCAAUAAUUUUUAUAUAAAAGCUGCUGCCUCUCUCGUCUCGUGUCGUGGCUUUUCCGAGUUUCAAUUCUUCGUCAGAUCAUCAUCGAUCGAGAUUAACAGUGAUAACAAAUGGCGGAAAAAUCAGCAACACUCUUCUCUCCCUACAAGAUGGGCAACUUCAACCUCUCUCACAGGGUGGUACUUGCUCCAAUGACCAGGUGCAGAGCUUUAAAUGGGAUUCCACAACCAGCGCUUGCGGAGUAUUACCAGCAAAGGUCAACUCACGCCGGUUUUCUCAUCACCGAAGGCACUUUGGUCUCCAACACAGCCGCCGGGUUCCCACAUGUUCCUGGGAUAUAUAAUGAAGAGCAGGUGGAAGCAUGGAAGAAAGUGGUGGAUGCAGUUCAUGCCAAAGGUGCCAUCAUUUUCUGCCAAUUGUGGCAUGUCGGCCGUGCAUCUCAUCAAGUUUAUCAAUCCGGUGGGGCGCCUCCAAUUUCAUCGACGAGCAAGCCCAUAUCAAAUAGAUGGAGAGUUCUCUUGCCAGACGGGUCCUAUGGCAUAUACCCGAAGCCUAGAGCCCUGGAAACUUAUGAAAUAUUGGAUAUUGUGGAGCAUUAUCGCAGGGCAGCAUUGAAUGCCAUUCGAGCAGGUUUUGACGGAAUUGAGAUUCAUGGGGCACAUGGCUACCUCAUCGACCAAUUUUUGAAGGAUGGGAUCAAUGAUCGAACAGACGAGUAUGGUGGCUCAAUUGACAAUCGAUGCAAAUUCUUAUUGCAGGUGGUUAAAGCAGUAGUGGCAGCCAUUGGUGCAGAACGAGUUGGAGUGAGAAUUUCUCCAGCAAUUGAUCACCUUGAUGCCACAGACUCAGACCCACUUGGCCUAGGCUUGGCAGUGAUUGAUAGACUUAACAAAAUCCAAGUAGAACUUGGCUCAAAACUCACUUAUCUUCAUGUGACUCAGCCUCGAUACACAGCUUAUGGGCAGACAGAAUCUGGAAGACCUGGCACUGAAGAGGAGGAAACUCACCUAAUUAGGGCCUUCAGAAAAGCUUAUCAGGGAACCUUUAUCUGUAGUGGUGGCUUCACUCGAGACCUAGGCAUGCAAGCUUUGGCUCAAGAUGAGGCUGAUUUGAUAUCUUAUGGUCGCCUUUUUAUCUCAAACCCGGACUUGGUCAUGAGGUUUAAGAUCAAUGCACCCCUAAAUAAGUACAUUAGAAAAACUUUCUAUACACAGGAUCCUGUUGUUGGGUACGUAGACUACCCUUUUCUGACUAAGGGAGGAAAGGAGGGAUUGUCCCGUCUCUGAACUGAAUAAUUGCUUGUAUGUUACUCUAAUAAUUGCCUAUGUAUGCUCUUUGCAUGUCUUGUUUUGGGCUUAAACUUGAUAUACUUUCGUUGUGGAGACUGGAGACUUAAGAGUGAUAAUAGUUAACGGAAGUAAUUUUAAAUA